AUGGCAUACAUUGCACCCAUCCACCGGCCUAGCAGCAUUCGCCAUGCUGUGCGGGCGAGGCUCUUCGACGAUGAAGAGAGCUUGGUGAUAGCCAAGACGAAUCGACUCGAGAUAUACGGCCUCGUCGAGAACCAGCUAGUCCUCCGCCACUCCAAUGUCAUCAACGGCACCAUUUCCAUGCUCCAGAAAUUGUCGCCCAAGGACAACACGACAGACCUGCUCUUCGUCGGCACCGAUAGGUUCCAGCACUUCACCCUGGCCUGGAACGCAGAGACAAGGCAGCUCGAGACAAUACAGUUCAAUCAAGAUGCCGGCGAGAAGUUCAUGCGCGACUCGCAGAGCCAGGACAAGUGUGUGGUGGACCCGACGGGCCGCUUCAUGGCCCUGCACCUAUGGGAGGGGGUUCUGACUGUGGCGCGAUUACAGUCGAGAGGAAGAAAUCUGAACCACAUCGAUUGGAUGGAGCAGCCACGUCUUUCUGAGCUCUUCAUCAGGUCGAGCACCUUCCUCUAUUCCGAGACGGGCCACCCCAAGAUCGCCUUCCUCUACCAGUCACAGGUCGACGCCCCCGACGCCAAGCUUGCUACAUACCGCUUCACAUCCGACGACAAGGAUACCAAAGCGUCCAAUUUUGACCCUCUGAAAGACCGAGAAAUAUCAAAAGACGUGGCGGAUCCAGGUGCCGCCAUACUAAUACCAGUCCCAAAGGUGGAAGAAGAGAAGAGACAUAACUUCCGGCUCACUGAAACGAAUAAUGCCAAGGCGUAUCUUGGCGGUGUGCUUGUAGUCGGCGAGACUCGCAUCACUUAUAUCGACGACACGACUCGAGCAGAGGUCACGGAGCCGUUGAAAGAAGCCUCGAUAUUCGUCGCUUGGGCCCAGUACGACGAGAGACACUACUUGGUUGCGGACGACUACGGCAGGAUGUAUCUGCUCACAAUCCUCACCCAGGGCGUCGAGGUUGACCGGCUGCAGAUGACGGUCAUUGGUAAAACAUCCCGGGCAAGCUGCCUUGUGUACAUGAACAACUUCCUCUUUGUCGGCUCGCACUACGGUGACUCUCAAUUGUGGCGGGUCGAUUUCGAACAGGACUCGAGACGCUUCCUGCAACUGGCCCAGGUAUUUCCGAACAAUGCGCCCAUACUCGACUUCGCCAUCAUGGAUAUGGGUAAUCGCGAAGGCGACAGCCAACUUGGCAAUGCCUACUCCUCUGGUCAGGCUCGCGUCGUCACGGGAAGUGGUGUCCAUAAGGAUGGUAGCCUGCGUAGCGUGCGGAGUGGUGUUGGCCUCGAAGACAUCGGAAUUUUGGGAGAUCUUGAAGAUGUCAGAGGGUUGUUCUCCCUGCGAUCCAGCAGCUCUGGCAAGGUCGAUACACUGGUCGCUUCGUUUAUAACAGAAACGCGCGUCUUCAGGUUUGAAUCGGCCGGAGAUGUUGAAGAGGUGGAAAGCUUUCAAGGCUUGACGCUGGACGACCACACACUCGUGGCGGUAGACCUUGAAAACGGACGACGACUACAGGUGACAACGAAAGCUGCUGUGCUCUCCGACAGGGAUGGUGGGAUGAAAAUCGCAUCCUGGGACCCCUCGACUCACGGCACGACAAUCACAGCAGCCUCGGCGAAUUCAAGAUGGCUGUUGGUAUGUGUGGACGGCAAAUCACUGAUUUCUCUCAAUGUAGAGAAGGAUCUCGCGGUCUCCGGGCAAAGUCAUAACAGUGACCAAGACCAGGUGGCGUGCGUUCACGCCUCACCUCACAUGCUUGAUGUUGGAGUCGUUGGCUUCUUCACAUCAGGCAACUUCUCACUCGUGGACUUGGCGACGUUGGAACCCCAAAAGGGUGAGUCACUCCGUAGGUCGGAGGACAAUGCCUCGAUUCCUCGAGAUAUCGCCCUAGUACAAGUUCUGCCGCGCACAGUGGGAGGCCCGACACUCUUCGUAGCCAUGGAAGACGGGAACGUUGUCACCUAUAACGUAGCGACAGAUCUCUCCCUCAGCGGGCGCAAGAGCGUGAUUCUGGGCACACGACAAGCCCGUCUCCAUUUACUCCCUCAACCAGGCGACGUCGCAAACAUUUUCGCAACCACGGAGAACCCCAGCCUCAUUUACGGAGCAGAAGGCAGAAUCGUCUACUCGGCGGUGACAGCCGAGGAUGCGACAUAUGUCUGUUCCUUUGAUACGGAUGCCUACCCCGAUUCAGUGGUUGUGGCAACCGAGUCCACUAUCAGAAUUUCCAAAAUAGAUACCGAGAGGAGGACACAUGUCAAGACGCUGGAAAUGGGCGAAACAGUGCGCCGCAUUGCAUACUCCCCGAAAGAGCAGGUUUUCGGUCUCGGGUGUAUCAAGCGCGAGCUCAAGAGUGGCGAAGAAGUGGUAACAAGCUCCUUCAAACUCGUCGAUGAGGUCGUGUUUGGGAAUGUUGGCAAGCCAUUCUUGCUGGAUCAGUCGGCCGGCGAGAUAGUCGAAUGCGUCAUCCGGGCAACACUUCCAGACUCAUAUGGAAACCCAGCCGAGAGAUUCCUCGUGGGCACAGGCUUUCUCCCGGCAGACGAUGUUCCGUCGCCAACGGACAAUGACAAGGGCCGACUUUUAGUGCUGGGAGUCGACAGCGAUAGGAAUCCCUACCUGCUCCUCAGCCACAAGUUCAAGGGCGCUUGUCGAUGCCUGGCCGUGAUGGACGACAUGAUUGUGGUUUCCUUGACCAAGACGGUGAUAGUUGGCAAAUACUUCGAAGAGUCCUCUACUUCGGGCAGGCUCGAGCGAGUGGCAUCGCACCGGACAUCCACAUAUCCUGUGGAUCUUGCUGUCCAUGGAAACAUCAUCGCUGUGGCAGAUAUGAUGAAGUCUGUUAGUCUGGUCGAGUUUGUACCGGCGAAAGAUGGCAACUCUGCGCUGUUGACGGAGCGCGCACGCCACUACCAGUCGGCAUGGGCUACCGCCGUUUCCCACAUCGAAGACCAGUCAUGGCUAGAGGCAGAUGCCCAGGGGAAUCUUAUGGUACUCAGGAGGAACCCAGACGGCCCUACGCUGGAUGAUCAGAGGCGCAUGGAAACCAUCAGUGAGAUGAACUUGGGUGAGAUGGUGAACUGCAUCAGGAAGGUAGCUGUCGAGACCAGCUCCAGUGCCAUGAUCGUGCCGCAGGCAUUCCUUGGGACGGUCGAGGGUUCCAUCUAUCUUUUCGGAACGGUAGCAUCGCACGCGCAGGAUCUCCUAAUGAGAUUUCAGUCCAGGCUUGCGGACAGGAUAAGGACGCCGGGUGAUAUCCCGCUUGAUAAGUACAGGUCUUUUAGGAACGCUGAGCGAGAGGGCGAGGGCCCGUUCCGGUUCCUCGAUGGCGAGGUCCUGGAGAGGUUCCUGGAUAUGGACGAGGAGACGCAGCAGGAGGUUUGUCACGGGCUCGGGCCGAGCGUGGAGGACUUGCGGAAUGUGGUGGAGGAGCUGAAGCGUAUGCAUUAG